CAGACUGUUCCUUAAAAACAAGCAGGCAAGAAAUAGCAAGAGCAGAAUAGCACAGCAUGCUCCUCGAAAAAGGAAUGCCCAGAUGUGGUAUAGCUGGAGUGCUCAGACCUGAAAUCAGCCGUACUGGUUAACGAUGCGGUGCGCACACUGCUGGUUUGCAGUGCGGGGAAGUCUCAGACAGAUGGAUUGUACUGCAUAAAGAAAAUGGGGAUGUCUGAAACCAGCCAUAAAAAAUCAGCAUAAAAGGUGAAGCCUGCCAUCUGAGUGUUGAAGUAUGAGUACGGAUGCCAGCCAGGUGGUGAUCACUACUCCUCCCCCGGCCACGAUGCCUCACAAAGAGCGGUACUUUGAUCGCAUCAAUGAGAACGACCCAGAGUAUAUCCGGGAGAGGAAUAUGUCUCCUGACCUGAGACAGGACUUCAAUAUGAUGGAGCAAAGGAAGAGAGUCACUCAGAUACUGCAGAGCCCUGCUUUUAGAGAAGAUCUGGAAUGCCUUAUUCAAGAACAGAUGAAGAAGGGCAAUAACCCCACUGGACUGCUUGCAUUACAGCAGAUUGCUGAAUACAUUACGGCAAGCUCUUUUUCAGGUUUUUCCUCAUCUUCACUCAGCCAUGGAAUGAUCACACCCAUCAAUGAUCUACCUGGGAUAGAUACCUCUUCAUUUGUCAAGGGAGAAAAGCUUACUCGUUGCAAGUUAGCCAGUUUGUAUAGAUUGGCUGACUUGUUUGGGUGGGCGCAUUUGCCAAAUGCUUAUAUCACAGUAAGAGUAAGCAAAGAACAUGACCAUAUUCUAAUCAUUCCAAGAGGUCUGUCCUUUUCUGAAGCUUCAGCUUCUAAUUUGGUUAAAGUAAACAUCCUAGGAGAUGUAGUUGACCAGGGAAGUACGAAUCUAAGUAUUGACAAUGCAGGAUUCAGUCCACAUGUGGCCAUCUACUCCACACGCCCUGAUGUCAGAUGUGUAAUACACAUACAUACCCCUGCAACAGCAGCUGUUUCAUCUAUGAAGUGUGGCAUCCUUCCCAUAUCACAGGAGGCUCUGAUUCUGGGAGAUGUCGCUUAUUACAACUACCAGGGAUCUCUUGAUGAACAGGAAGAGAGAAUUCAGCUUCAGAAAGUUCUUGGACCCAGUUGCAAGGUAUUAGUCUUGAGAAACCAUGGUGUGGUAGCACUAGGAGAGACACUGGAAGAAGCAUUCCACUAUAUUUUCAAUGUGCAACUGGCCUGUGAAACACAGGUUCAUGCAUUAGCUGGAGCAGGAGGGAUAGACAAUCUCCUACUACUGGAUCUGCAGAAGUUCAAGCCUUCCACACACGCUGUGGCAGCAACUGGAGGAGGUGGAGUUAAUAUGGCUUCACAACAAAAAUGGAAAGUUGGGGAGCAAGAAUUUGAAGCCCUCAUGCGCAUGCUGGACAACCUGGGAUACAGAACUGGCUAUGCCUAUAGGCAACCAUUAGUCAGAGAAAAGCCCAGACAUAAGAGUGACGUUGAGAUCCCAGCCACUGUGACUGCCUUUUCCUUUGAAGAUGACACAGUCCCGCUUUCCCCGCUGAAAUUCCUGGCGCAGAGGCAACAGAGAGAAAAGACAAGAUGGCUAAACUCUCCAAACACGUACUUGAAAGUUAAUGUGCCUGAGGAGUCCUGGAACGGGGAAACCAGUCCCAGGACUAAGAUCACGUGGAUGAAAGCUGAUGACUCCUCCAAGACCAGUGGAGGAACACCAAUCAAAAUUGAAGAUCCAAACCAAUUUGUUCCUCUAAACACAAACCCAAGUGAAGUGUUGGAAAAGAGAAAUAAGAUAAGGGAGCAAAACCGGUAUGACCUGAAGACAGCAGGACCACAGUCUCAGCUGCUCGCUGGGAUUGUUGUGGAUAAAAAGCCGAGUCCA